GAACGGCGACGCCGACUGAACCAAAGCCAACUUGACGCGUCAGCCGAUGCGCCGGGCUAGGUUUUCACUUGUUUAUUUACAUUUUGCUUAUAAUCGCGUAUGCAAAGUUUUCCUUGAAAAUUCCUCUUGAAGUGAAGUUGUGGGCUCAUAAGGGUAGCGGAGAGAGUGCUUCGGACAAGGCGGAGUUGGGUUUCACCAGGGAAGAGAAGUAAAGUUGAUUGGUGCCCAAGAACAGCGGGAUGACAAGGUUGAAAGUUGCGGUCAGGGUCAGGCCUAUGUCAGAGAGGGAAUUGGAACUAGGAUGCGUUCCAGUAGUAUCAGCAGAAAGCGAAAAUACCCUAGCCGUAACUAAUUUAAAGGUAGCUGAAAGUGGCGCAGGUGAUAGCCGGGAAAGAGUCAGGCGGUUUGCGUAUGACUGCUGUUUCCAUGAGCUUGCAACACAGGAUGAGAUAUUUGAUGCAGUGGAGAACAUAAUUGGCAACAGUAUCAAACAACGGUAUAACUCAUGUGUGCUGGCAUAUGGACAGUCAUCGUCUGGAAAGACACACACCAUGAUGGGAGUACCAGGAAAUCCAGGACUUACUCCGCGUUUAUGUGAAAAAGUGUUCGAUUAUCUAAGAGAAACAGCAGUUGGAGAGGAGAUGAAUGAUCUGAAGGUGACCGUCAGUUUUCUGGAAAUAUACAAUGAAAAAGUGCGUGAUCUGUUGGACGGCGAAUGUGCGGAUAACUAUAUAGCGAGAAAAAGGUUGCCGUUGAAACACUACGUCACAUCUCCUGAAAGUCUCCUAGAUCUACUUCAAAAAGGCGAUCGUAGGAGGAGGAUCGCAUCUACGUUAAACAAUAGAAGAUCGAGUCGUAGCUUGUGGACCUAGCAGGUAGUGAGAGAGCAGCAACAGUUGGAAAGGACAGAGUUAAAGAGGGUGCCCAUAUCAAUAGAAGCUUGGUGGCACUGGGAAAUGUUAUUUCAGCCUUGGCCGAACUGAGCUCCAGGUGCAGCAAGAGGAGGUUUGUGCCGUACAGGGACUCCGUGCUGACAUGGCUGCUCAAGGAUACCCUCGCCGGAAACUCGAAUACCGUCAUGGUUGCCACCGUUUCACCUUCGAGCAACUGCUACAGUGAGACCGUGAACACCCUGCGAUUCGGCCAAAGGGCGAAACUGAUCAUAGCAAGACCGGUGAUCGACGAAGAUCCGAAAGAAAGAACGAUUAGAGAACUCAGAGAAGAAAUCAGAAGGUUAAGACUGUUGCUUGAAGGAGGAGGGGUACAGGUGUCACCAGAGCUACAGUGCAUUAAGCCCAUGAGCGAAACGCCCGUGGUUAUCCCACUAGAUCCAUGUUCCAGUCCCCCAAACACUACAAACGAACCUUCAGCUCAAAAUGUCUCUCCCCUAGAAGCAGUUCCGCAAAUAACGAAUCAGAUCACGGCACCUGUUACGCAAACCGAGACCAUAGUACCCUUAAUAAAUGUAAACAGUACUGUACAGCAAACCAAACCUACCCAACUUAAAAGGACUUACAGUGUAGACCACGCUGUUUGGACAAUGGAGAAGAAAAAGGUAUUCGGGUCAACUGAUUCUCUGCCUUCCACCAGUACUAUUUCUCAGAAGUCUUCAUCGGAAAAGGAUUCCGUAUCAAGUGAGAGGUCUAAGAGCUAUCUUCCUCCUACGCACGCAAGAAGAAGAUCAGUGACUAAAUCCAUACCUAAAGAUCUACCAAAAAGAGGGUCUUUUGAAGGCACAGAGAAACUGGAAAAAGCUGUCUCUACCGAGCAAUUAUCUACAAAGAAAGUAGAAUCUAAAGUAGAGUCAAUACGAAAGAAACAGUUCAAACCCAGAUCUCAAAUUGUUGCUGCCGUCACAAGUAGACUGUAUAACAAAGUACAAAAGAAGGAUGUCUCGACAGAUACUUCCGAUCUAGCAAAACAAAAGUUGCUGCUGAUGCCUAAAGAGCUGACCAUAUGCUCUAACGCUAGGUUAAAGCUCAGAGAGCUUACCAAAAAGGCGCUAAUAGCUCACAAAACCAAAACUACGGAGACUCAGACUGACAGACUGCCAGUUCAAAGGGUCAAAGAAAUUUCCACGGAUGUGAAUGAUCUUCCAGUGAUAGCAGGCGAGAGAAAGCAUGUAGGAGUUAUGGCUGAUAUUGCUGAGACAAAGAACGCCUCUGUGGACUGCAAUCUCAAACGAUUCAAUUCCGAAUCAACGCUCGAUAGCGUGUCGUUUACGAGAACUUGUGGCACACAAUGUAGUGGCCAAGAUAAAAGCACUGGUAGUAAGGGUGUGUCAUUCACCAAAUACCUGAGAGAUGUUCAACCCAAUUUACCUCAUAACCCAAUCUACGCCAAUUCAUUCAGUAUUAACAUAUCUAACAACUACGUGAAUGGGCAUAAGUUGGACGAAGGCAGCUCUCAUGAUAGUUUGGAAGAAACAUCUCAAAACACUGGUCUCCACACUCCUGAUUUGCUCAGUAACCAUAACUCAGCUGAUCCAAAUGCAAGAGAUCCUAUCAUUCUAUCUCAUGGCACAAUGGUUGAAGAAGAUCAUGGAUUUGUAUCUAAUGAAACCUUCGAGUCACCUGACUACACCAGGUGGUGGUCCAAAGCAAACAGUACACCUAUCCACAAAGUGAAAGAAAGAAUUGAGACGGUGAAUAUAUUAAAAACUCACGUUCCAGAAAAUUUUGUAUUUAACCCAGUCUUAGAUGAAUUUUGUAUACCAAUGCCAAAAUUUCGUGCAAUUAAGGCUAUGCCUCAAGUUGUAAUAGCUGACGAGAAGAUGUGUGAUGACUAUGUAACAAUGAGACAACCUCUUGUUCUCAAAUCCAUAGUAAGGAACGAGGAGGAAAUGAAAGUGAAACCAGAAACUCCCGAUUCACUAGAGUACCAAAUGAUCAAUAAGAGAGUAAAGUUCCUUGAGAAGAACAGAGAAAAACAAAGAAUGUUUAAAGCAAUGUCUUCAUUUCUGGAAAAUGCCACUACCCUCAUGUCUAAUAUAGAGAAAGUUACUGCCCCAAUUUUGAACAAUGAGUUCGGGAUUGAGGUGACAGUUGAUGACAUCAAGGGUCUGAAAUGCAAUAAAAGACAUCACAAAAAGAAGCAUAAGUGCGAUGAAAGCAGCCAAACAGACAUAUCUAAAAGAAGAGAAUGUUGUAGUCAAACCUUCCCGCAAUUUAGAA